UUCGGACUGUAGAAAUGUGUGUUGAAAUACCGCGGUCUUCGAUAGAAUUACCUUCAGAAAGGGAAGUGAGAAGGGUGUCUUCCGUAACCAUGGUGAACACGAUAAGAAGUUUUAGAUUAUAACUAAGAAUGAGUUUAAUCAUCGCACUACAGCUCUGUUACGAUCUGUUUUAAUUUAUUACAUAUAUUACUUGUUUAUUUUCCGCAUGUCUUUUCUGGUGAGACAUGUAAACAUAUAUUUAUUUUUUUAAAGUCAGAUGGAGAGAAAAAUAGUAUCUUUCUCUGGUAAAUGACGUGUUUGUAGAGAGGAAGGAAGGGAACCUAGACCACUUGCUUCUGCUGAUCUGCAGGUUCACUAUCGCCUCAGACUGCUGCGUUGACUACGCUGGAACACAGCUGCAGUGGAGAGACGGGGGGGGGAAGGGACUGUCAGUUGGUAGUGGUGGAUGUAGCCGUGUUAACACAGACUGGGGAGGCUGCUGAACUCUGAGGUGCUGGUGGUUAACCUAACGAACAGAAAUUAGAACAGACUACAGAGUUUUUUAUGGGAGAAUAAACUAACGAACAGAAAUUAGAACAGACUACAGCGUUUCAGGGGAGGAUAACCUAACGAACAGAAAUUAGAACAGACUUCAGAGUUUUACUAGAGGAUAACCUAACGAACAGACUUGAGAGAGUACGUAGGCUACACUAGGGUGGAGGUCCAGGACUGUUUGAUUACCUCACACAGAGGGAGAGGAUGGAGGUUGUGUUCAAGGAGGGGAUGCUCUACGUUAAGGGCAACAAGUUUGGAAAGAAAACGUGGAGGAAGACGUGGAUGGUUCUCUACCCCUCUAGCCUUUUCGGCAUCGGUCGAGUCGAAUUCUACGACAUCCUUGACGGAGGCCACACAGCCGCCAGCUCCAAGUCCAAGUCCACCCAGUGUAGGAGGAUUGUUCAGCUGUGUGACUGCCUCAGUGUUACCCUGGCCCCAGAGGAGAGCUGCCCUCCAGCCCUACCUAACGACGACUGUAGAGCGUUUGACCUGAACACCACACAAAGGAGAUACAUCCUGGCCUCAGAGAACUACCAUGACUGGGUGGAGGCUCUCUGUCAACUAGCCUUCCAGAAAGAGCCUGGACACAAGGACACCAGAGAGGAGAGAGGAGGUGGGGUGGAGAUACCCAUGGAGGAGAAUGAGCUGUAUGCUACCUGGAAGACAGCCCAAUACCAGGUGACAGUUAAGACCAAUGAGGCGUCGAGGAGAUGUCAGCUGACAGGAAGUUACCUCCUCUUGCCAGAACGAGACGCCAUAUUGCUCCAGGACAUCCAGACUGGUGUGACCGUCUACUGCUGGCCUUACCACCUCCUACGACGCUUCGGACAGGUCAAGGGGGGCUUCAGCAUCGAGGCGGGCCGUCGCUGUAGCUCGGGAGAGGGUCAAUUCACCUUCCUGUCCGUGCACGCUCCUCAGAUCUACAAGGCCAUGGAAGAUGCUCUCACUCUGCACGGCGAGAUGGACAAUGAAAACACCAAGACCUCUAUCCAGCCUCCUAGCAACUCGUCGUCUCCUCAACUUCCUCAUUCUUCCCCCUCUACUCACCUUCCACGUAACUCAUCAUCUCCUCAACUUCCUCAUUCUUCCCCCUCUACUCACUCUCCACGUAACUCAUCGUCUCCUCAACUUCCUCAUUCUUCCCCCUCUACUCAUCCUUCUUGUAAUUCCCCCUCCUCUUCUCAUCACCCUCCUAUCAAACAAAGAGUCCACACCCACACCCGCACCGAACUAUCAGACAGACCCGCUGCACCUCCUCUACCAAUGAGAAACAACCUCUUACCCAGCCCUCCAAUCAUAUCUCCUGUUACUGAACAGGUUCCGGGGCCUGAGCCAAUGGCUGACUCUGAUUGUGGUCUGUAUGCCACUAUAGUGGACCACCUCCCCCCCAGAAUGAAGCACCCGUCAACUCCACUCAGGACGCAGCACAGCCUGCAUCUCUAUGACGAGAAAGAGGAGGAAGAAGAGAGGUGCCACUCCCUGGAUACUGUCAACCUGAAUAAACUGGGGCUGGGUACAGGGCUGGGGGUGGGGCUGGGCCUGGGAGAGGGGUCUCCUUAUUACAACCUGAGAAGGGGUAUUACUGGGAGGGCAGAGGAGGAGGAGGAGGAAGAGGAGGAGAGAGAGAGGGAGAGUGUGGUGGGUAGCUCACAGUGUAUCUAUGCUUUAGUGAGCAAGCCCUCUGAGACCCAGCCACUGCCUCUGGCCUUGUCCCUGCCUCAACCCCAAACCCAGUCCCGGUCUAUGCCAAACCUCUCCCGCCUGCAGACUCAGCUACAGGGGGAAGAGGAGAUGGGCUUGGGGGGCUCCAUCACCCCCAACCACGACCCUAUCAGUUUUAAACAGAAGCUCUCUGACAUCCUGGGUAAGGAUCUGGCUAAGUUACAGCAGCCCCUACCAGCAGCCCCAUCACCCCCAACACCAAGAGGCAGUGAAUACUAAUGUCUCCCGUUACUAAAAGACUGUGACUGUUAUACCAGCUCUAUCAGAACUAGAUGACAUGGGGCGGUGACUGUUAUACCAGCUCUAUGAGAACUAGAUGACAUGGGGAGGUGACUGUUAUACCAGCUUUAUCAGAACUAGAUGACAUGGGGAGGUGACUGUUAUACCAGCUCUAUGAGAACUAGAUGACAUGGGUUGGUGACUUAUACCAGCUCUAUCAGAACUAGAUGACAUGGGGGGGUGACUGUUAUACCAGCUCUAUCAGAACUAGAUGACCUGGGGAGGUGACUGUUAUACCAGCUCUAUCAGAACUAGAUGACAUGGGGAGGUGACUGUUAUACCAGCUCUAUCAGAACUAGAAGACAUGGGGAGGUGACUGUUAUACCAGCUCUAUCAGAACUAGAUGACAUGGGGAGGUGACUGUUAUACCAGCUCUAUCAGAACUAGAUGACAUGGGGAGGUGACUGUUAUACCAGCUCUAUCAGAACUAGAUGACAUGGGUUGGUGACUUAUACCAGCUUUAUCAGAACUAGAUGACAUGGGGAGGUGACUGUUAUACCAGCUCUAUCAGAACUAGAUGACAUGGGGAGGUGACUGUUAUACCAGCUCUAUCAGCUCUAUCAAAACUAGAUGACAUGGGGAGGUGACUGUUAUACCAGCUCUAUCAGAACUAGAUGACAUGGGGUGGUGACUGUUAUACCAGCUCUAUCAGAACUAGAUGACAUGGGGAGGUGACUGUUAUACCAGCUCUAUCAGAACUAGAUGACACGGGGGAGGUGACUGUUAUACCAGCUCUAUCAGAACUAGAUGACAUGGGGAGGUGACUGUUAUACCAGCUCUAUCAGAACUAGAAGACAUGGGGAGGUGACUGUUAUACCAGCUCUAUCAGAACUAGAUGACAUGGGGAGGUGACUGUUAUACCAGCUCUAUCAGAACUAGAUGACAUGGGUUGGUGACUUAUACCAGCUCUAUCAGAACUAGAUGACAUGGGGGGGUGACUGUUAUACCAGCUCUAUCAGAACUAGAUGACAUGGGGAGGUGACUGAUAUACCAGCUCUAUCAGAACUAGAUGACAUGGGGAGGUGACUGUUAUACCAGCUCUAUCAGAACUAGAUUACAUGGGGAGGUGACUGUUAUAACAGCUCUAUCAGAACUAGAUGACAUGGGGCGGUGACUGAUAUACCAGCUCUAUCAGCUCUAUCAGAACUAGAUGACAUGGGGAGGUGACUGUUAUACCAGCUCUAUCAGCUCUAUCAGAACUAGAUGACAUGGGGAGGUGACUGUUAUUCCAGCUCUAUCAGAACUAGAUGACAUGGGGAGGUGACUGUUAUACCAGCUCUAUCAGUUCUAUCAGAACUAGAUGACAUGGGGAGGUGACUGUUAUACCAGCUCUAUCAGAACUAGAUGACAUGGGGAGGUGACUGUUAUACCAGCUCUAUCAGAACUAGAUGACAUUGGGAGGUGACUGUUAUACCAGCUCUAUCAGAACUAGAAGACAUGGGGAGGUGACUGUUAUACCAGCUCUAUCAGAACUAGAUGACAUGGGGGAGGUGACUGUUAUACCAGCUCUAUCAGCUCUAUCAGAACUAGAUGACAUGGGGAGGUGACUGUUAUACCAGCUCUAUCAGAACUAGAUGACAUGGGGAGGUGACUGUUAUACCAGCUCCAUCAGAACUAGAUGACAUGGGGAGGUGACUGUUAUACCAGCUCUAUCAGCUCUAUCAGAACUAGAUGACAUGGGGAGGUGACUGUUAUACCAGCUCUAUCAGAACUAGAUGACAUGGGGGGGUGACUGUUAUACCAGCUCUAUCAGAACUAGAUGACAUGGGGGGUGACUGUUAUAUCAGCUCUAUCAGAACUAGAUUACAUGGGGAGGUGACUGUUAUACCAGCUCUAUCAGAACUAGAUGACAUGGGGAGGUGACUGUUAUACCAGCUCUAUCAGCUCUAUCAGAACUAGAUGACAUGGGGAGGUGACUGUUAUACCAGCUCUAUCAGAACUAGAUGACAUGGGGAGGUGACUGUUAUACCAGCUCUAUCAGAACUAGAUGACAUGGGGAGGUGACUGUUAUACCAGCUCUAUCAGAACUAGAUGACAUGGGGUGGUGACUGUUAUACCAGCUCUAUCAGAACUAGAAGACAUGGGGGGGUGACUGUUAUACCAGCUCUAUCAGAACUAGAUGACAUGGGGGGGUGACUGUUAUACCAGCUCUAUCAGAACUAGAUUACAUGGGGAGGUGACUGUUAUACCAGCUCUAUCAGAACUAGAUGACAUGGGGAGGUGACUGUUAUACCAGCUCUAUCAGCUCUAUCAGAACUAGAUGACAUGGGGAGGUGACUGUUAUACCAGCUCUAUCAGCUCUAUCAGAACUAGAUGACAUGGGGAGGUGACUGUUAUACCAGCUCUAUCAGAACUAGAUGACAUGGGUUGGUGACUUAUACCAGCUCUAUCAGAACUAGAUGACAUGGGGGGGGUGACUGUUAUACCAGCUCUAUCAGAACUAGAUUACAUGGGGAGGUGACUGUUAUACCAGCUCUAUCAGAACUAGAUGACAUGGGGAGGUGACUGUUAUACCAGCUCUAUCAGAACUAGAUGACAUGGGGAGGUGACUGUUAUACCAGCUCUAUCAGCUCUAUCAGAACUAGAUGACAUGGGGGGGUGACUGUUAUACCAGCUCUAUCAGCUCUAUCAGAUCUAGAUGACAUGGGGAGGUGACUGUUAUACCAGCUCUAUCAGAACUAGAUGACAUGGGGUGGUGACUGUUAUACCAGCUCUAUCAGAACUAGAUGACAUGGGGGGGGUGACUGUUAUACCAGCUCUAUCAGAACUAGAUUACAUGGGGAGGUGACUGUUAUAACAGCUCUAUCAGAACUAGAUGACAUGGGGCGGUGACUGAUAUACCAGCUCUAUCAGCUCUAUCAGAACUAGAUGACAUGGGGAGGUGACUGAUAUAACAGCUCUAUCAGAACUAGAUGACAUGGGGAGAUGACUGUUAUAUCAGCUCUAUCAGACCUAGAUGACAUGGGGAGGUGACUGUUAUACCAGCUCUAUCAGAACUAGAUGACAUGGAGAGGUGACUGUUAUACCAGCUCUAUCAGAACUAGAUGACAUGUGGGGGUGACUGUUAUACCAGCUCUAUCAGCUCUAUCAGAACUAGAUGACAUGGGGAGGUGACUGUUAUACCAGCUCUAUCAGAACUAGAAGACAUGGAGAGGUGACUGUUAUACCAGCUCUAUCAGCUCUAUCAGAACUAGAAGACAUGGGGAGGUGACUGUUAUACCAGCUCUAUCAGCUCUAUCAGAACUAGAUGACAUGGGGGGGUGACUGUUAUACCAGCUCUAUCAGAACUAGAUGACCUGGGGAGGUGACUGUUAUACCAGCUCUAUCAGAACUAGAUGACAUGGGGAGGUGACUGUUAUACCAGCUCUAUCAGCUCGAUCAGAACUAGAUGACAUGGGGAGGUGACUGUUAUACCAGCUCUAUCAGAACUAGAUGACAUGGGGAGGUGACUGUUAUACCAGCUCUAUCAGCUCUAUCAGAACUAGAUGACAUGGGGUGGUGACUGUUAUACCAGCUCUAUCAGAACUAGAUGACAUGGGGGGGUGACUGUUAUACCAGCUCUAUCAGCUCUAUCAGAACUAGGUGACAUGGGGAGGUGACUGUUAUACCAGCUCUAUCAGAACUAGGUGACAUGGGGAGGUGACUGUUAUACCAGCUCUAUCAGAACUAGAUGACAUGGGGGAGGUGACUGUUAUACCAGCUCUAUCAGAACUAGAUGACAUGGGGGAGGUGACUGUUAUACCAGCUCUAUCAGCUCUAUCAAAACUAGAUGACAUGGGGAGGUGACUGUUAUACCAGCUCUAUCAGCUCUAUCAGAACUAGAUGACAUGGGGGGGUGACUGUUAUACCAGCUCUAUCAGCUCUAUCAGAACUAGAUGACAUGGGGGGGUGACUGUUAUACCAGCUCUAUCAGAACUAGAUGACAUGGGGUGGUGACUGUUAUACCAGCUCUAUCAGAACUAGAUGACAUGGGGGGGUGACUGUUAUACCAGCUCUAUCAGCUCUAUCAGAACUAGAUGACAUGGGGUGGUGACUGUUAUACCAGCUCUAUCAGAACUAGAUGACAUGGGGGGGUGACUGUUAUACCAGCUCUAUCAGCUCUAUCAGAACUAGGUGACAUGGGGAGGUGACUGUUAUACCAGCUCUAUCAGAACUAGGUGACAUGGGGAGGUGACUGUUAUACCAGCUCUAUCAGAACUAGAUGACAUGGGGAGGUGACUGUUAUACCAGCUCUAUCAGAACUAGAUGACAUGGGGGAGGUGACUGUUAUACCAGCUCUAUCAGCUCUAUCAGAACUAGAUGACAUGGGGGGGUGACUGUUAUACCAGCUCUAUCAGAACUAGAUGACAUGGGGAGGUGACUGUUAUACCAGCUCUAUCAGAACUAGAUGACAUGGGGAGGUGACUGUUAUACCAGCUCUAUCAGAACUAGUUGACAUGGGGGGGGGGGGGACUUUGGUCCCUGAAGACCUGCCAGUAUUAAAAGUGUAUUGUGUGCAUUUGUAUAUUGCAUUUAUUUCAGCAUUUAGCCUAGAAAUCCCCCCCACAACCUCUCUACACCCCUGGUCCCAGUGAAGCCAAAAUACCGUGGCUGUAAUUAUCACUACUCGGACUCUACCCCUACCUAAUCUCAUCUACCCAGAACAAUAUCAUGUAAGUUAUAUAGUCUGUCCACAAGACAUGCUAUGAGAGGAGACCGACCAGCGCUAUUCAAAACAAUAGGAUUCCAUCAAAAGUGUUGUGUGCGUGUGUGCAUUUGUAAAUUGCAUUUUUAAUUUCAACAUUUACAUAUUACGGAUGUAUCUCUUGCAUUAAAUACAAAUAUAUUGAAACAACAUAUUGAGUUGACUAAAAGAAGGUUAUGCAUUGAUUUCUCAUGCCAAUAAAGUCCUUUGACUACACAGUGUUGAAGCUGUUGAAAUUAAAUCAGAGUGAAUUAUUCUGGAAAAUU